AUAUUAUUUCCCCUUUUACUAAAGAUUUUUUUAGACUUUACAUAAAGAACUUCAAUUAACUGAGAAAAUUUUAAUUUAUCCAGUUAGGAUGGUGAAAACAAGUUACCCUGGUGUGCGACUAAUAAUAUUUUUAUAUAAGUGUUUUUUUACAGGGUGUCUCUGAAAAAAGUGUGUUCAGGCUUUUUAGUCUACUAAACAUCGUUGUAUUGUGUCAAUAAGUGCUCCUAGUAGGUACACAUCCCAUAAAGGGGGGGGGGGGUUAGUUGAUGAAACAUUUGUCUCUAAAAGUCCGUUUAACUUCCAAAGUAGGCCUGAUAAUACGAAAAUAGAAUAAAUUGCGCAUUUUUCAUGAUAGAUUUGAGGAUUUUUCAAAAUAAAUUACAUUAAAGGAUUUUUGAAUUUUUAAAAGUUUUAGUUUUUUUACAUGAGAAUUAAGAGACAACUUUUGAAUCCUCUCUGAUCCAACUUAAAAGACGCAUGAGAUAUAUUAAUCAUUAAUUCCCAAAUGGACGUUGAACGUGAAUCAUGCAAUCUAAAAGAUCAAACUGAUAAUGCAUAAUUGAUAAACCAAACAGGGGUAAAUCGAAAUCUAAUUUUAUAUUAAUAUUUCUUCUUUAUAAAUGUUUUGUCUGAAAACUAUUAGUGCCCUUUACAGUUAAAUUACAACAAAAUAAUGUGAAUAAAAGAUCUUAAUUUAAAUUUUGUAGAACAUAUAUACCCCUUAUGCCAAGUCGCUGAACCCCCCGACCACAGUAAGGUAUUUUCAGGCUAGCAAAAUGGACACUCUUAUAAUACUAUUUCUUGUAUCAUUUAUUCUGCAGCAAACUUUAGGGUAUAAAACAGAAGAAGAAGUAAAACUAGAUCCUAAACCUCAAAUUGAUGAUUCUGUCUGGUAUGGAGAUAAAAACUUCCCAGGCUAUGACGACACCAUUUAUGCAGAUGAACAACAAGAUAUCUCCAAUGCCUGGCUUGGAGGACAUGAUGCUGAGUCUAAAGAGGACUGGAUUAAUCUAGAGGAGGAAAGAGGGUAUGGCAAGGACAAGAAGAAGUAUGAAGAGGGAUUGGAAGCUCUAUAUGCUCACUAUGACUAUGUAGACCCAUAUUCCAUCAAUGUUUCUACCAUUCCUGAGAAUAAGAUUGAAAAGUUUCUGGUUAUUUGGCAGUGGGAUGAUGCAUCAUGGAUCAUGUGUUCAGUGUUCAUGACUAUGACAAUGCAAACAGGUUUCGCUCUUCUGGAAUCAGGAUGUGCUUCGUUAAAGAAUGAGACCAACAUUAUGAUGAAGAAUGCUGUGGAUGUACUUCUAGGUGGGUUGUCUUACUGGGCAGUGGGUUAUGGACUGAGCUAUGGAGAAAAUUCCUGGAGUUCUGCUUUUCUUGGUUUUGGAGACUUCUUUGUACAUGCAGAUGGAAUGCAAAUGGGACCGACAUAUGCUACUUUCUUCUUCCAACUCUCAUUUGCAUCAUUAAGUACUACUAUCGUGUCUGGUGCCAUUGCGGAGCGUACAAAUUUCUAUGCAUAUUGCGUAUUUUCAUUCUUCAACACUUUUGUGUAUUGUUUACCAGCUGGCUGGCUCUGGGCACCUAAAGGAUUCCUUAAAAUGAUGGAUGUUGUAGAUACAGCCGGAUCUAGUGUAUGUGUCAUUGGAGGGUUUGGGGCAUUGGUAGCUGCAAAGAUGAUAGGACCAAGACUAGGAAGAUGGGAAAUAGAAGGAGAUCCUCCUAUGGGCAGUGCAACCAAUGCUAUUAUAGGUACUAUGAUGUUAUGGUGGGCUUGGAUUGCCUUUAACUCUGGAGCAACUUUUGGAAUCAGUGGCAUUAAGUGGAUUCUGGCAAUCAAGGCAACAGUUACAACCUUAAUGUCCUCUUUUGCUGGCGGAACCAUGGGAUUCAUUAUCAGCAUGGUGACUAAAAAAGGAAAAUCGGAUGUAAUGAUAGUAAUGAAUGGAAUAAUCAGUGCUCUCGUCAGCAUGAUGGCUGGAUGUGGAAAUGUUACCAUUUUAGAGUCUAUCAUCAUUGGUGGACUUGGCGCUCUCAUUGUUCAUUUUGCAUCCUCUCUUAUCAAGAGGUUAGGAAUAGAUGAUCCUGUAUCAGCCAGCUGUGUCCAUGGAGUUGGGGGAUUAUGGGGAAUGCUUGCUGUAGGUAUAUUUGCGAAGAGGGAUAAUUUGACAGGAUAUACAAAGUAUGACGGAUUGAUUCAUGGUGGAGGUUUCUAUCUGAUUGGUGUUCAAACCUUGGCUGUGGUGGUCUGUAUCACAUGGUCGGUGAUAUCAACAUUUAUCAUUAUUAUCCUUAUUGGACUAUGCAUGAACUUCAGAAUGAAAGAGCAUGAAGAAUUGAUCGGAGCUGAUUAUAUAGAGCAUAACAUACAUCGCCAUGGAAAUAAUAUCACUAGAACAGUAUCAGUGUUUGCCAAGAACCAUGGUGAUGUUGUCUUAGGCCAUGUUCCUGUUGGGAAAAAUAAGGGUCAUAUAGACUACCUGGAGAACAGAUAUGCAUCCAUGUCUCAGACCUUGAGGUUUAGAAAACAUCCAUCCCAAAAAAUCCAGUCCGGAUUAGAUGAAAUCUGGAGCACCGAUGGUCAGGGGGAAUUACAUAAGGAGAUGGUAGAUAAACUUAAUAUGGAACAGUACAUGUAAACUUGAUAUGGAGCAAUAUAUGUAAAGUAAAUGUAAAAAUUGAUAAAGAGCAGUACAUGUAAACUUAAUAUGGAGCAAUACAUGUAAACUUAAUAUGGCUCAGAACUUUUACACUUAAUAUGGAGAAGUACAUGUAAACUUAAUAUGAAGCAAUACAUGCAAACUUAAUAUGGAGCAGUACAUGUAAAAUUAAUACAGAGCAGUAUAUUUUAGCUUAAUAUGGAGAAGUAAAUGUAAAAUUAAUAUAGAGCAGUACAUGUAAACACAAUAUGGGUCAGUACUUUUAAACUUAAAAUGGAGAAGUACAUGUAAACUUAAUAUGAAGCAGUAGAUGUAAACUUAAUAUGGAGCAGUACAUGUAAACUUAACAUGGAGCAGUAUAUGUAAACUUAAAAUGAAGCAGUGCAUGUAAAAUUAAUAUGGAGCAGUACAUGUGAAAUUAAUAUGGAGCAGUACACAUGUGAAAUUAUUAUUGAGUUUAUACAUGUAAUCUUAAUAUGGAGCAGUACAUGGAAAUUAAUAUGGAGCAGUACAUGAGAAAUUAAUAUGGAGCAGUACAUGAGAAAUUAAUAUGGAGCAGUACAUGUGAAAUUAAUAUGGAGCAGUACAUGUGAAAUUAAUAUCCAGUCUAAAGGAUUUAUUUUUUUUAAUGCAUCAUAUCUGGAUCUAAUAGAAUUUUAAUAAAAAAUAUAAUUAUUUCACAAAAAAAAUUUAUUUGAUUAGUUUAUGUAAAAGCUUGGUAAAAUUAAGAUGACUGGAAAUAUUGAAAUGUUAGAAUUAUGGGCACUGAUCUCAUCUUCAUGAAUUUGUUAACUGUGAAUUUAGUUGAUACAAAAAUCACCAAAAAAGUACAGCACAGGAAGAUCAUGAGUAGGUCAAUCUCUGAAUCCAGACUCCGACACUACUGACUUGCGGAUAUUUUAAUACCUUUCGGGGAUUUUCAUCUCUUGAGUUGUAU